AUGUUUCAUCGUCACUCUAUAUUCGUUAUUCCAUCUAUUCUUCCAUUAUUCAAUUUUGGUUUCUUUUUUUUAAUCAGAAGUUUUUUCCACCUUCUAUCUUUUUCUAUUUUAUUUUUCUUUUUUUCAUAUUUAGCAUUUCAUUCUUUAACCCCCACCCCUGAUUUCCUUCUCGUUGAUUAUCUUUUACUUAUUCUUUUUUUUGUAUUCAUUCACGUUUUUUGUUUAUUUUAUCUUCGUUUUUACUUGAGUUCUUUUGGCGUUACUUUUUAUUUUAUUUUUCUUUCUUUUUCAUUUCUUUCUCUCUUUUUCAUUCCUUAUAACCGCAUUCUUUACAUCCUUCUUUCUUUCUUUCUUUCUUUCUUUCUUUCUUUCUCGUUCAUUAUUUCCCCAUUCUUUACCUUUUUCUUUCUUUCCUUCUCACUCGUUAUUUCCUCAUACUUUACAUCUUUCUUUCCUUUACGUCUUUGUUUCUUUGUUGCUUUCUUUCUUUCAUCCUCAUUCUUAUCUCCUCUUUCUUUUUUCUUUCUUUCUCAUUCGUUAUUAACUCAUUCUGAACGUUUUUCUUUCUUUCUUUCUUUGUUUCUUUCUUUCUCAUCGUUAUUAACUCAUAGUUUACAUCUUUCUUUGUUUCUUUCUUUACUUCUUCGUUUGUUUCUUUGUUUGUUUGUUUCUUUCUCGUUUGUUAUUUCUUCAUACUUUACGUCUUUUUUGUUUCUUUGUUGGUUUCUUUCUUUCUUUCUUUCUUCCUCAUUCGUUAUCUCCUCAUACUUUACGUUUUUAUUUCCUUCUCUCUUUCUUUCUCAUCCAAUAAUUCAUCAUUUUAUUUUGUUCUUAUUUCCUCUUUCUUAUUUCUUUCUUUCUCAUUUGUUAUUAACUCAUUCUGAACGUUUUUCUUUCUUUCGGUUUCUCUUUCUUUCUUUCUUUCUUUCUUUCUUUCUUUCUUUCUUAUUCUAUCAUUUUCUCUUUCUUUCUUUCGUUCUUUCUUUCUUUCUUUCUUUCAAUCUUUAUUUCUUCCUUUUGAAUUACUUACUAUUUAUUGUUUUCUUUUUACGUUUAAACGUUUUCACUGCGCUCAUUUUCCAGCUAAUCCACCAUUUUUUUUUACCAAAGUUACUUUUUCUUUCUAUUUUGGGAAUGUCGUGUGGUGUGCAGCGAACAGGCUUUGAUAUUGACAGACUUGUUAUCCAAUGGAAAAUAAAACAAACAUUCCUCUUCCGACUUUAA